AUGCUGCUGUUUGCCGCAGCUCUGGCGGUGGUGGCAUUCUGCUACUUCGGCUCAGAAAAGCAGAUCGCAAGCGAGCCACAACACCAACCGGAAGUUGUUCGCCAUCGUGGAGGCCCUGCAGAAACACUUCAGCGCGGGCUCUGGCGCAUACUGAAGCAAUGCCAUCUUCCUGUCUGUGGCACUGCAUCAUAUCAUGCCUGCAGGCAUACGUUCUGGCAGUUCUGCAAAGAAAAUCCCAAAUCCCGUGGGGGAGACCUGCCACCAGAUGGUUUGCCCGGCUUCAACAGUGGAGUAAUGCUGCUGGAUCUUGAUGCCAUGCAGCGCUCCACCUUAUACAGCCAGCUGCUGGAGCUCGAUCGGGUGGCCCGGCUGGCAGAGAAGUACCACUUCCGAGGGCACCUGGGCGAUCAGGAUUUCUUCACCAUGAUUGGAAUGGAGCACGGGGAAGUGUUUUACCCGCUGGCCUGCGGUUGGAACCGACAGCUGUGCACCUGGUGGAGGGAACAUGGGUACAGAGACGUCUUCCAGCUCUACUACUGCUGCGACGGGCUGGUCCAUAUCUACCACGGUAACUGCAACACUCCCAUGCCUGAUGACUGAAAGCUGAAGGGCCGCAUGGUGUUCUUUUACACCAAGAUAACAUGUCGGACCACUGAGUAUUUAUUGUGCAUCUUUAAUCAAGUGGACCGUACCGAGGCAGAAGGGACCCAGUGCUUUCGCGCACUAGAUUUACACUAUAAUCUGACAGUGUUGAAGCAGCACUUCAUCUCCCUAAUGCAAGAAUACAAGAGGAGUGAGCCACCUCAUGUAAUGAAGGGAUAGUCCAACCAGUUC